CAACGCAUAAAAGGGGUCCGCGCGAGCAGACGCCCCUCCAGUACCUGGACGUGCACGUCAUGGGGACCAUGGCCUCCUACCAGUUGAGCCGAGCCGGCCUCCUGCUGGCCCUAUGCGCCGUCUGCUUCGGUCUGCACGGCACUCGCGGCCGGCCCGCCCCCAUGCUGCUCGAGGCGGAGCAGGCCCCCGACGCGGAGGACGCGGCGCUACAAAUGGAGCUGCAGACGCUGAUGAACCUGUUCCAGGCCAAAGGGAAGCGCGGCCAGGAUCUCGCCGAGAAGGUAAGACAAACGACGGCACGUUAUUCGAUCAGAUGCAGGGCUCGUCGUGAUGUGUGGUACCUGGAGACAAGAGUAUUCGGGAGAUGGGGUACUUUGUGAUGUGGGGCGUGGGGU